CUCCACGGGCUCCUAAAUCUUUCCCGUCGGCCCUCGCAGCACAGCCGCCGCCGCAGGAGGAAAGCGCGUGUUGGUCCGACAUGCCGAAAUCUAAGCGGGAUAAGAAGGUUUCCUUGACAAAAACCACCAAGAAAGGGCUGGAAGUGAAACAGAACUUGAUCGAAGAGCUACGGAAAUGUGUGGACACCUACAAAUUUCUCUUUAUUUUUUCCGUCUCCAACAUGAGAAACAACAAACUGAAGGAUAUUCGCAAUGCCUGGAAGCACAGCAGGCCCGGUUUUCCUUCCAGGAUGUUCUUUGGCAAGAACAAGGUGAUGAUGGUGGCACUUGGACGGAGCCCGAUGGACGAAUACAAAGAUAACCUGCACCAGGUCAGCAAGCACCUCCAGGGAGAGGUGGGCCUCCUUUUCACCAACCGCACCAAGGAGGAGGUCACGGAGUGGUUCUCCCAGUACAGAGAGAGCGACUUCGCCCGGUCAGGGAACAGGGCCGCCUUCGCUGUGAGCCUGGACGCGGGGCCGCUGGGGCAGUUCCCCCACUCCAUGGAGCCCCAGCUGCGGCAGCUGGGCCUGCCAACGGCGCUGCGGAAAGGGGUGGUGAUGCUCCUCUCCGACUACGAGGUCUGCAAGGAGGGGGACACCCUGACGCCCGAUCAGGCCCGUAUUCUGAAACUCUUCGGCUACACGAUGGCGGAGUUCAAGGUGACCAUCCGGAGCGUGUGGAGCGCGGAGACGGGAGAGCUGGAGCUGCUGGUGCGAGACGCGGAGGACGCUGCGGAAGAGAUGCGGGAGCAAGUGGAGUCGGACGAGAGCGCGGGCGACUAGGGCCUGCCGCGCCCCAAGGGGGGGCAGCCUGUCAGGCCUGCUGCUUGCCCCCCCCCCCCCACGUGGCUCAGCCCGGGCUGAAGGACCUUACUGACGCGAGGACACAUAAAAGUGAAAAGAGC